AUGGCGCCUCCUCCGCGCCGAGAACUCCUCACCAGGGAACGCUUCCCUACCGUCUUCGGCAGCGUCAAGACCCAGAAUUACAACGAUCCAGCGGCCAAAGGACCCGGAUCGCAUACCAUUCGUUCACUCGCAUGGAAUCCGGCCGGCCAACUGAUCGCGACUGGCUCCGCUGAUCGAACGCUGCGCAUCUGGAACCCUGAGCGUCCUGCUGUGCGAUACUCAACCGAGCUGCGCGGGCACACCGCCGCCAUUGAGAAAGUGCUCUUCAAUCCAGUGCGAGACGCAGAGCUAGCGAGUUGUUCGGCAGAUGGAACGGUGCGCUUUUGGGAUGUGCGCUCAAAGACCUGCGUCAGCCGUCUGGACGACGAUACCUUAAUUCCAAUCUCUGUACAAUCACCUUCAAGUCCCAAUGUCAUGGCCAACGGGUCGAGCAGUAUCUCGAAGCCCGGCGCAUCAACCUUCACAGCACUCUCGUCUCACCCUCAGCCCGUCCAAACAAAUGCUACGACCUUCUCCAACGACAUUGCUACCGACGACUCCCCGGACCUCCAUUUCUUCGCAACGACAGGUGAUGGUACCGUUAAAAUCAUGAAUUACCCUUCCUUUAACAUCGAACACACUCUGAACGCCCAUACCUCAUCCUGCAUGGCCGUCUCCCUCGCUCCUACAGGUCGCUAUCUCGCCAUAGGCGGCAGCGACGCACUUAUCUCUCUCUGGGACACAACAGACUGGAUCUGUCGCCGCACAUUAUCAAGUGAAAACGGUGGCGGUAUUCGCGGUGUCAGCUGGAGCUUUGACGGACGGUUCAUCUGCGGUGCUUGGGAUGAGCUUGGAUGUAGUGGCAACGGACUCGAGAUCUUCCAUGCUGAGUCGGGUGAGAGUGUUUAUACUGUACCGAUGAACGGGGUCAAUACUUGUGUGCCUGCUGUGGCAUGGCAUCCCUCAAGAUAUUGGCUGGCUUACUCGACGACGAAUGAUGGUCCCGGUAGCGGAGGGGCUGGUGGUUUGAAGAUUGUUGGUGCUGCGGGGGGAGGUCUGUGA